CGGUAAAGUAAAUGGUGUGGUGCCCAAUAAAACUCGGAACCGGACCAAGAAGAUAUGACAGCUGUGCAAGAAAUAGCUCUUCAAAGUUUAGUUAUUGCAUCGUACUAGCGAAGUAAUGACCACCCUCUUUCAUUUCACUUCUGAAAUUUAUGAGUUAUAUUGAUAGUGUCUAAUCGAGCAAAAUGGGUGAAUCCUUCAAAGUAGGCAAUAAGGUCAAACUCAUCGGAAAAGAUCAAUAUGGUACAGUUGCAUUUGUGGGAACAACGCAAUUUGCAGCAGGCAAGUGGGUGGGUGUGGUUCUUGAUCAACCCGGUGGCAGAAACAAUGGCACUGUUGAGGGACAUACAUAUUUCAAGUGUGAAGACAAGUAUGGGCUGUUUGUGCGACAAACUCAGCUCGAGAUGGCGGAUGGUUCUGGAGAGGAUGCCAACAGAAGCCUCCAAAAAACUAUGCCAACACCCCGCUCGAGUGCUGGCAAGCGACGGAUUGAACCUACCAGUUUAAGGAGGAAACCGCAGGGCCAUCCUGUGCCUCAGAAACCUGAUCGCCUCAGACUACCAAUAGCUGGGGGUGGCAGCGGACUACCCACUUCCCUGCGACGCACGCCUUCUUCAGGCAGUGGCUGGCGCCAGUCUGACGUUGACUUGGCCAAAGGCAUCGUCUCUAGCACCACCACCCCGGGCAGCAAGGAGUCAAGUCCCAAAACUGCCGACAUCAAGAGAAUGUCUGCCUCUUUUGUCGAGAUGACCCCUGAGGAGACCAUGGCACUUCUCCACGGCGGUCUCGAUUCUCCUAUGGGCUUCGUUGAGAAUCGCAGCCCUGCUGCAGCAGCCGCAGCGGCAGCGGGCGCGAAUGUUCAGAACGCCGCCGCCGUUCGUCAAGAGGAACGCGUCAACCUGCAGGAGAUGGAAAACCUGCGCGCUGAAGUCAAGGAUCUCAAUGAGAAGCUCGAAACUCUCAGGAUCAAGCGCUCACAAGACAAAGAAAAGCUCAAGGAAGGCGAGAAGUUGCGCCUGCAGGUCGAGCAGCUCACCGAGAACAAGACUCGUCUCAUGGAGAAUUUGGCGCAGCUGCAGAAGGAGCUUGUGUCAGCUCGCAACGAGGCUCGUGUCGCUGCCGAGAGUCGCAACCAGACGGUCGAGGACACGCAGGAUCUCGCCGACACCGUCGAGAUGCUGACGCUCGACAAGGAGAUGGCAGAGGAGCGAGCAGAGACCUUGCAACUUGAGCUCGAACAGGCGCGCGAACAGAUUGAGGAACUCACCGUGGACCUCGAAAUCCUGAAGGAGGCCAGCGGGACCAAAAUUGGAUUGGGAAGCGGAGGAAACACAGAAGCUGUAGGCGGGGCGACGCUGCUGCAGGUGAAACAGCUCGAGCAACAAAACCAACGCCUACACGACACUCUUGUCAAGAUGCGUGACUUGGCAGCUCACGAGAAGCACGAGAUGCAGAAGCUGAGCAAGGAAAUGGAGGCCCGCAAGACGGAGUUGGGCGCCGCGACGCGCGCCAAGGAGGUGCUGGAAGGCGAGCUGGCGCAGUGCCGCGCUCAGGUGGCUGACCUGCAGGAGCAGGUGGACGCGGCUCUGGGAGCUGAAGAAAUGGUCGAAACACUUACCGAACGAAACCUGGAGCUUGAAGAACAAGUCAUGGAGCUUGGAGAACAGGUGCGAGACUUGGAGGACAUCAACUACACAAAUGACCUGCUGGUGGAGAGUUCCAAGGAGCAGGAAUUAGAACUCAGAGAAGACCUGGACCUCAACCUCGCCAAGCUCAGAGAGGUUGAACGUGAGCGUGACGCGCUAGGUGCGGUUGUGGUUGACCGCGACGGCACCAUCACCAAGUUCAGGGAGUUAGUGCAGACACUCACAGAUCAAAACGCCAACCUUAGGAACGAACUCACCAAGGCAACCAACCGUCCUGUCGGGACCCCCUCUGAGGUCAUUGAUUUCAAGAAACUAUUCACGGAAACGAAAGCUCACAGCGCCGCUAUCGACCUCGAGCUGCGGGAGCUGGAGCUGCAGCAGGCCCGAGAUCACGUCACUUAUCUGAAGCAGUACCUGCCUGACAACUUCAUGACGCGCGGUGGUGAUCAAGAUGCUGUUAAUCUACUGCUGUUGCUGCCGCGCGUCAUUUGGAAGGCCGAUGUUGUGUUGAAUGGAGUACAGAAGUUCACCGAACCUGAGACGAUAGACCGCGCGGCUUUGACGAAAACUCACACUGUUGAUCAGUACGCCUUUGCCUGCAGGCUCCAGCAACUUCUCCACACGAUUCAGAGUUGCGUGCAUCAGCUGCAGCAUGCCGUGAGCAGAGGUUCUGUCGAGCAGUUUCUGGCCCUGGGAGGCCUCUACCCUGAACUUGCUGCUCACGAGAGAGCCAUCGACCAAUAUCUCGAACUUUUGCGUAAAGAUCAGUUGGAUGAAAAUGUCGGCCUGGAGUUGCUGGAGAAGGUGGUUUCGUGUGUUGUGACGCUGGAGAACACGCACCUGCAAAGCGCUAAGCUAGACCAGCCGAGCCUGCUGCUGCACCUCACGCGUGCCGUCAGUGCAGCUUCGAUCUCUGCCAUCACUGAUGCCAAGAGGAUUCUGGCUCUUAUGGCUUCACCGGAAGAGGGCAGUGAAGUGGCCAUAUUGUGUGGCAUCGUCAUCGAAAAAGGCAACGAGAUCGUGGGUGCGGCGAAGCGCAUCAAGAGACGUCUGCCACAGGAUGGCUCCGCUGGUCCUAUCAGCUACAGCGGCGAGGAGCAAGCGGCGCUCAGGGCUGCCGUGCCUUCCAUGAGCCGCGCUGCUGCUGCUCUCAGACAGGUCGCCAGAGCUUGCAUGCAGCAAUUAUCCAUCACUGGUGAAAAUGAAGGCGUAUCAAGUGAUAAAAUAAAAGAACUUCUGCAUGAGGCCACAGACUUAGCGUUUGGCAGUGACGACCAGGGUCCUGAGAGUGUCAAGGCCUCACUCAUUUCUGCUUCUGACCACUUCACGCUCAUGGCCUCUUGUCUGGAGAAGGGCGAGUAUGACUAUGAUGGCACUCCUCAGGAAACAAAUGAAAUGCCACCCAUCGUUCAACGCGCACAAAAUAUCAAGGCUGAGCUGAAGGAUUCUGAGCACAUAAAGAACAAACUUGAGUCAAAAGAACAAGAUCUUCGAGAUUUGCGUUUGUUGAUGAAGCAAAAGAAUGAGGAGCUGAGCGAAAUGAUGGUCAGACGUGACCUUGCCGAGAAGAAAUACACCAAUGCUAGUAAAGACUGGGAAGCAAAUAUCGAAAGACUGCAACGCAAGCUUGAAGACACUGAACAGAAGUUGCGAAGAAAAGAGAAGGAGUACGAUGAAACAAUGGAUCAUCUACAAAGCGACAUUGACAGCUUGGAGCUGGAGAAAGGAGAACUUCGAGACAAACUCAUGGCUAUCAAGAAACGCUCCUUGUACGAGUCCAUGGAUGAAAAAUCUGCAACUGCUGCACUUGGUGGCCCUGCUGGCCUGAACGUCUCGAGCAGUUCGGUAUCAGGGAUACAGGGCUCAGGAGUGGUGCAGGAUUCACCAGCUUUGCUCCAACAAAUCAAGGACUUGCAGAUUGCCCUGCGCUCCAUCACGACCGCCAGCACUGUCGCCCGCACCUCGAAAAUGCGACAGCAGAUCGCGAAUUUGCCUCCCCUAUCGGUGUCACCCCUUGCUGGACUAGAGAAGAUGGAUCUUACGAAAGAAGAAAGUGCGGCAAUUUCUUCAAAAGAGCGGAACGAUUCGCUCAACUCACUCGUGCAUCAAACAUCACAGCUCAAGAAAGAGUUGCAGCAGACGAUCAUUGGCGCUCGUGUUGUUGACCUCAAGAAACGUCGCGCCGGUCAAGUCCCUGCGACGAUCUCCCUCAAACCCGAGCAGCACCUGCAGCACCAACGCAACGUCCUCGUCAACCACUGCGCCUCUGUCGCUGCCAUCAAGACCGAAGUUGUGCGUGCACUGGCGGCUCAGCAUCCUGCUGGCACUAUCAACACGGCGUUAGCUCCGUUCCCCUCAACACAUCUCACGAAGCUCAUCCUUGGGAAGGACUCGCUGGCCAAGGUUGGCGAAGUGCGCAUAGGCGAAGGAGGUAAGACCGCCACGCCCGUCAUCUUGGACGUGCAAAGCCUUCACAAGCUUCACGCGCGCCUCCUUGAAUGAGCAACAGCUAUGAUAGAUCUAAACUUAAGCGUCUGCCUUCUAAGCGCUCAGCGUGAUCCAGAAUAUACACGACGCUGAACUUGUGGCUCGUGUAUUUUAUUACCGAAUGCCAUCGGAUUAUAAUUAACAGCACAUUUCACCGAAUAUUUGUUCUUUUUAUAACUGCUGGUAACUCGUAACAUGCAUAAUGCUAUUCACUUCAUACCUUCAUCGAACAAGCUUUUAUAUACCUUUAUCGAGAAUGCUUUAAUAAAAUGUAUCUUUCAUGGAAUUUAUACUAAUUUUCUUUUUUAUAUAUUAGCUUACUUCGAAUAUUUGACCGUGCUGAACACAUCUUAUUUAAGACAAAUACCCUGAAGUAUUCCUGACCAGGAAUCGUUAGUGAACCCCAGAAACUCCUGGAAUUGCUUCAUCAAACUGCGUGAGAUAAAGUAAAAAAAAUUUAAUUUUCUAACUUCUGCCCUUAUUAGCUAGAGCUGAUAGCUUUUUAUGAGCUGCAUAUGGUUCAUGUAAUUGAUUUGAGUAUAAAUGAGAAUCCAAAAAUAUUGAUCUAAAACCCAAUCUGCAUCUCGCAUAAGGGUAACACCGGACUUCGGUGUUCAUCGUGCGUUUUGUGUCGUUUCGUUCUAUUAUCAUUAAUAAAUGGUCACACGUCA